AUGCAGUGGUGGGGUGUGUAUGCAUGUCUCUGUGCACCUGUAGCAUUCCUCUGUACUCUGAUCUCUGCCCAGCUCCUCCAACAGCAAACCUGCCGGCUCAUCCGCCCUUCACGCCUGCCUACGGUGGCCAAGGAGGGGAACAUCACACUGGGGGCACUGUUCUCGCUCCACGAUGCGGUUCUGGAAUCAGAGCUGUCCUUCACCUCUCAGCCUGAACCUGCUCAGUGCACUGGGUUUAAUUUCCGGACCUUCCGUUGGAUGCAGACGAUGAUUUUUGCCGUAGAGAAGAUCAACAGAGACAGUCGACUCUUGCCCAACAUCACCCUGGGCUACAAGAUCUAUGACUCGUGCAGUUCACCUCUGCAUGCCCUUCGCACAGCUGUGGAGCUGAUGGGGGGCAGAGAAGAGGAGAGUGAUGGAACAGAGUGUCAGGGCAAAGUCCCUGUUGUCAUUGGUGAUGGUGGAUCCACAUUGUCACUGGUGGUUGCACACUUUCUAGGGGUUUUUCAACUGCCACAGGUUAGCUAUUUCUCUAGCUGUGCUUGUUUAAGCAACAAGAAGGCAUUCCCAGCCUUUCUGAGAACCAUGCCCAGUGACUUCUUCCAAGUAAACGCCCUGGCUCAGCUGGUACAGCACUUCGGCUGGACCUGGGUGGGAACGGUCGCUGGGGACGACGCGUAUGGUCGUGGGGGUGCCCAGAUUUUUAAUGACAAAGUUACCAAGCUGGGUGCCUGCAUUGGUUUGUAUGAGAUCAUUCCCAAAAACCAUGCCCCAGCAGAGAUGGCCAGGAUAGUACAGCGCAUUGGUGGGUCAGGCACUCGAGUGGUGCUAGUGUUUGCCCUAGAACAGGAUGCGAAAGCUCUCUUCUCCGAGGCUCUGAAACACAACCUGACUGGGGUGCAGUGGUUGGCCAGUGAGGCUUGGAUCACAGCGGCUAUACUUACCACCCCAGAGUUCCACUCCAUUCUGCAGGGCUCUAUGGGCUUUGCCAUACGUAGGGCUGAAAUCCCUAGCCUGCAGCCUUUCUUGCUGCGCCUGCACCCCUCCUCCUUUCCCGAUGACCCUUUUGUUCUGCAGUUUUGGGAGGAGGUAUUCAGGUGCUCCCUUCAGAAUGGAAGCAAAGGGGUGGGCUCUGAUGCCCUGCGCCCCUGUAAUGGUUCAGAGGAUCUUGCUAGUGUAAAGAGCAUCUACUCAGAUGUGUCUCAGCUGAGGAUCUCCUAUAAUGUCUACAAGGCGGUGUACGCUAUUGCCCAUGCUCUAGAUGCUAUGCUGAGAUGCGUGCCGGAGAGGGGGCCCUUCCCUGGGGGGGCGUGCCCUGACACUCUCAGCAUUAGACCAUGGCAGCUCCUGUACUAUCUGAAAAAAGUGGACUUCAUUAAUGAACUUGGUGAGGAAACUAAGUUUGAUGUUAACGGUGACCCUGUGGCCAUGUAUGACCUCAUUAACUGGCAGCACUUGGCCAGUGGAGAAGUCCAGUAUGCCACUGUGGGUAGAUUUGAUGAAAUCAGGAGUGCUAAUCUGGAAAUAGAAGAAGAAAAUAUCAUCUGGAAUGGUUAUCAGAGACAAGUCCCUGUGUCUGUCUGCAGUAGCAGCUGUCCCCCGGGCACCAGGAAGGCCAUUAGGCCUAGCUUCCCUGUCUGCUGCUUUGACUGCAUUCUCUGUGCAGCUGGGGAGAUUAGCAAUCAGACAAAUGCCGUAGAGUGUGCGACUUGUCCACCUGAAUUCUGGUCCAACCUGAAGAGGGAUGCCUGCAUCCCGAAGCUGGUGGAGUUCCUGUCCUAUGGUGACACCAUGGGCAUGGCACUGUUGGCUGUGGCUCUGCUGGGCUCCUGCGCUACCCUCGUCAUCGGCCUGGUUUUCGCCUGCAAGCGUCACACACCUCUCGUCCGUGCCAACAACUCAGAGCUUAGCUUCCUCAUCCUCAGCUCUCUGUGGCUGUGCUUCCUGUGUGCGCUGGCCUUUAUCGGGCAGCCCACAGCCUGGUCGUGCCAGUUACGGCAUACGGCCUUUGGCAUCGCCUUCUGCCUCUGCCUCUCUUGCAUCUUGGGAAAGACCAUGGUGGUCUUGAUGGCUUUCAAGGCCACUCUCCCAGGCAGCAAUGCAAUGAGGUGGUUCAGGCCACCACAACUGCGUGCUGUGAUUUUCCUCUGCACUGCAGUGCAGGUAGGAAUUUGUGGUGCGUGGCUGGGCCUGGCGCCUCCCUUCCCUCGUAGACUGAUGACCCGCGAGUCUGCACGUAUCAUCCUCCUGUGUGACAUGGGCUCCACACUUGCCUUCUCCCUGGUGCUGGGCUACAUAGGUCUGCUGGCCGCCGUCUGCUUCCUGUUGGCCUUUUUUGCACGGAAACUGCCAGACAACUUCAACGAGGCCAAGUUCAUCACCUUCAGCAUGCUGAUCUUCUGUGCGGUGUGGAUUGCCUUUGUGCCAGCAUACGUCAGCUCUCCAGGGAAGUACACUGUGGCUGUGGAGGUCUUUGCCAUCCUGGCCUCCAGUUACGGCCUUCUACUGUGCAUCUUUGCCCCAAAGUGUUACGUAAUACUACUCAGACCAGAGAAGAAUACAAAGAAACACCUCAUGGGCAACUCCAUGACAGAAAAGAGAUUCUAA